UUCUUUUCUUUUCUUUUCUCUCUUCUUCCUUUCUUUCUCCCUUCGUCUCCAUCAAGCAACCCUCUCUCUCUCUCAUCAUCAUCGCAGAGGAGACGAUCGUACGCGACGAAUCCUAGAGAGAUUGAGAGGGACAGCGAGUUUUGUCGGUGUCUCCGGGAGAUUAGACCGAUUUCAAGUUUUUACCAUUCGAUUUCGUUUCAUCUGGGUUUUGGAUGGUAAAUUGUGAUCCUUGAUUAUUCUUCUGGCUGUAUUUGGUGGUAGCGGAGGAGCCAAAGGUUGUUGGCGAUCUAUAUUGAAGAAGUGAACAAGGAUGCGCAAGUGGAUCUGUUGUACAUGUCAGAUAGAAGACUCAAAUGAAGAGCAACAACUGAAAAGUUCGCAGCAGCAAUCUGAUGCAAAUCAUAAGAAUCCAAAACCAGCACCUGUUGCAAAACACGAGAUGAAGAAGGAAGCUCUUCCGAUCGAGGUCCCUCCCUUGUCUUUGGAUGAGGUGAAGGAAAAGACUGAAAAUUUUGGAUCCAAGGCACUGAUUGGUGAAGGGUCUUACGGAAGAGUAUAUUAUGCGACACUAAAUGAUGGUGUAGCGGUUGCUCUGAAGAAACUUGAUGUCGCGCCUGAAGCUGAAACAGAUGCCGAAUUCUUGAGUCAGGUUUCCAUGGUCUCUAGGCUGAAGCAUGAAAAUCUCAUUCAAUUGCUUGGUUUUUGUGUUGAUGGAAACCUACGCGUCCUUGCAUAUGAGUUUGCAACAAUGGGGUCGUUGCAUGACAUCUUGCAUGGUAGAAAGGGAGUUCAAGGGGCACAGCCAGGUCCAACACUUGACUGGAUAACGAGGGUGAAGAUAGCGGUUGAGGCAGCUAGGGGUUUGGAAUACCUUCAUGAGAAGUCUCAGCCUCCUGUAAUCCAUAGAGACAUAAGAUCUAGCAAUGUCCUUCUUUUUGAAGACUACAAAGCAAAGAUUGCUGAUUUCAAUCUCUCGAAUCAAGCACCCGAUAAUGCUGCCCGUCUUCACUCAACAAGAGUCUUGGGGACUUUUGGUUAUCAUGCUCCAGAAUAUGCAAUGACUGGACAGUUGACUCAGAAGAGUGAUGUGUACAGCUUUGGGGUUGUACUUCUAGAACUUCUUACAGGGAGGAAACCGGUGGAUCAUACCAUGCCUCGAGGUCAACAGAGUCUUGUAACCUGGGCGACACCAAGACUCAGUGAAGAUAAAGUGAAACAGUGCAUUGAUCCAAAGCUAAAAGCGGAUUACCCUCCAAAAGCAGUUGCUAAGCUAGCAGCAGUGGCAGCAUUGUGUGUGCAAUACGAAGCUGAGUUUAGACCAAAUAUGAGCAUAGUUGUGAAGGCGCUACAGCCUCUCCUGAAACCUCCAGCCGCAGCUCCCGCACCAGAAUCUUGAAACUCUUUUAAUCUUUUUUUUUUUUCACUGCAACUAUCAGAAAGAAUCUACAUAGUACCAUUGCCAUAAAUGAUGAUGAGGUUGGUUUUGAAAGUGAUAACUAUUAAAGAUGUUUCAUUUGAUGAUUUGAUUUUUUGCACACAAAUUUUGUUGUGCUAGAAGAGAGAUAAUUGAUGGCAAAGUUUAUUUUUUGCCGUUUACUGAGUGGGAGAGAGGAACUCUUAUUUAUUUAUAUUUUGUGCAAUUUAUCUUA